AUGAACAAUACGAGGGAUGCUUCUCCUUUUAGGGAGAGUUCAGCUACGACAGAAGACCAUGUUACUACGGAAGAGUCAGCGACAGGGGUGUCUUGUCCGAAUCAAAUGGGGAAUACUUCUCAGACACGCCACCGGAACGUUGGAAUUUCCUUGACUUUUACCGUCACCGGCACGCCUCAUUUGAUUUUACCCACUCUUUUAAAAAAGAAACUAAAAAAAAUGCUUGAUACUCUAAGACAAAGUAAUUCUCCCGAAGUGCGAGAAAAUGCUUGUCGCUUGAUGUCAAAGUUUAAGGUCAAGAUUCAUCUUCUUAAAGCUAGCAUAAGCAAUAUGGGUUCCCGCCUAGUUGGAGAUCACCGGAAAAACGCGUUUGGUGUCAACGACCUUUGGCACAACAUCGAAACAGAUUUCUUGGAUAAAGUGGAAAGGCGUCGUUCGCUAAGGUGCAGAGUGAUCAUAAAAGGAAAGACUCAACAUAUGAUGGAGAAUUUGGCAGAAGAAACUGUCGUUGAAAGUUGUACAAUUUCCGCGAAACGUAAAAAAGAAGAGCAAGAAUACGUAGAAGCUGAUUUAACAGAAAGAGAAAGAGAGACAACUGAGGAAAAAGCUGCAGAAUUGGAAGAUCUAGAAGUUCUAAAAGAAAUAAGAAAAGCUGUUGAGACUGUUCGAAAUGCCCCUUUAGGACAUUUAAGGCAUGUAUCUGUUGCUUGUGCUUACUAUAUUAUUAACAAAGUAAAAGGUCUUUAUUUAUCUUUCUCUAACAGCCCUAUGUACUACCUCAUACUUGAUCUUCGUCCUCCGUUUACGGGGAUGUUUGAAUUUCGUGCGGCUGAUUAUAUGAAUGAAUCGCAUUUGAACAUCAUUGGACAAAGGGCUAAAGUUGCAAUGAGUAGCAGGUUUGAUCCACCUGAUCCUCUCCCGUCAAAACAACUUGCAGACCUUUCGAGCCAUAUGUGUGCUGAAGGAGCCGCUGGUCUUCUCACAAGGCUUCAAAUAAUGAUGGACAAGGAAGAACAGUCAGAGACACGUAUAAGAAAAGUGGUUGAUCUUCCAGACAAUCAGAUGCCAAUGGACUUGGAAGGUGUCAACAGUGGAUCAGAAGAGAUACAAUGGAUUUUUUUUGUGCUUGAUCAAUGUCGACGCAUCAUUUGUUCCGAAGUGCUCUCAACAAACAUGACAGAGCGUGAUGUACAACAUUGCAUAUCGAAGAAAAUUCUAAUAGCACUCUUGCAUUCAGUGGUGAAGGUGAAUUCGAGAGCAUCACGGUACCGUCAUGGAAGUUGUGGGGAUCAUUUUGAUGGGUUGUUUGCUUGCAAUUCAAUACUUCCAGAUGAUAUUCGUGGCGUCGAGAUGGGUGUUGCCGAGAAUUCUGGGCCAGAUCAGGUCAAAGAUAGGGAUAAACCUCAGAGAGACUUUAUCAAAGCAACAAAAGCAGCUCGGGAUCAGUUGCUUCAAGUUAUCAAGAUCAUAAAAAACAAGCUGAAUUCCGAGCAACUACCAAAUAUUUUCAUGGAAGGCAUCAAGUCAUUGUUUGCUGUUGCUGUCCACAUCGUCGGCUAUCAAGUCAAAGCACACGUUGUAUAUUUCCUUGGCGGCAACGUUUUUGCUAUCUCUGAAAUAGGGUGUGCACGGAUUCCAAUAUCUCUGGACAGAAUGCAUGACGCUCUGGAUAUGUUUCGUUUAGUGCUACGUAUAAAGACACUCUUGCUUCGAUCAAAACAAAUCCUUGAGACACUGUUUGAAGAGGCAACGAUAUUGAGACCUUCAACACCUACACAUGCUGAGACAGAGCCAUGGAUCAUGGCAGAAUUGAAAACGCCUGAAAAAUCGCGGAAGAAG